AAUGGAUUCAAAAAUUGAAAGUCAUCGUCAAUCUAUGCUUGAAAAGCAAAGACAAAAGAUCUAUGAAGAAGCAGAAAGAGAACGUCAAAAGAAUGCAAAGAUGAGUGAAGUGCGUGUUGGAUCUGACAAAUUCGUAAAGACAAAAUCAGAUAUCGAAUCUCAAUUAAAAAGUAGUACUGUGGGUCUUACAGAAUUAAAAGAUUACAGAAAGAUUCGUGAAAAUUUGGAAGAACAACAAAAGAGAGAAGCAGCAAAGACAUCACUAUUAAAUGAAGAUAAGAAGAAAAAGAAAAAGAAGAGACAACUCUUAAAACUAUCAUUUGCUGAAGAUGGAGGGGAGGAAGAGGAAGAAGAAGAAAGAACAAAAGAGAAUGGAGAAGAGAAGGCGCCAAAGAAAAGAAGAAUCAUGAAGGAUCCUACGAUUGAUACAAGUUUUUUGCCAGACAGAGAAAGAGAAGAAAGAGAACGAAUUGAACGAGAAGAAUUACGAAAAGAAUGGCUGGCAAAGCAAGAGCAAAUGAAGAAUGAAAAAAUUGAUAUUACCUACUCAUAUUGGGAUGGCAGUGGGCAUCGUAAAGUUGUUACAUGUAAAAAGGGAGAUACUAUUCAACAGUUCUUGGAGCUUUGUCGUACACAAUUCCCUCAACUGAGAGGAGUGAACACAGAUAAUCUAUUAUAUGUAAAAGAAGAUCUUAUUAUCCCUCAUCAUUAUACAUUUUAUGAUUUCAUCGUCAACAAAGCAAGAGGAAAAUCAGGUCCAUUAUUUAAUUUUGAUGUUCAUGAUGAUGUUCGUUUAGUCAAUGAUGCAACUAUCGAAAAGGACGAGUCACACGCCGGUAAAGUGGUAGAGAGAUCUUGGUAUGAAAGAAACAAACACAUUUUCCCUGCAAGUAGAUGGGAAGUAUUUGAUCCAUCAAAAUCCUAUGGCAAGUAUAGAAUUAAGGAUACCAACAAGAGUUUUUAAAUAUAAUAAAAGCUUUGAUCAGUUUUGAUGUUUAUAAAAGAUAAGACGUUGUCUAAAGAAAACAUUUUUACUUAUGUACAGUAUAUUUAUAAUAAAAU